AGCAUCGGUUCUUUCCACUGACGCCAUGGAAGUAGUUGUGAUCCCAGAUGCCGAAGAGCCAGAUGGCCCUCACAAUGAAAUGGUGGAGCUUGAGAACGACCUGGGAGGAGCCAUUGAGGUGAAGUUGGCUGGCGAUGGCAUUGUUGUGCUUGAGAACAACUUGGGAGCAGCCAUUGAGGUGACGUUGGACCAAGAGAUGAAGGUUCUCUACCCGCAGAAAAGUUGCGGCUUCGACAUCACCCGAGCAUCUGACAAGCUGAUGAAAGUUCACUGCAGGGAUGACCCCAGCAUCUUUGGGACUCGGCGCGUCGAAGACAGCUCGACGCUUCCUGCAUCGGAGAGUUUCGGGUCUUUCGGCGUUCAGGUCGCUAGUUUCUUGCAAAAGGAGCAGGAGGAGGUUGAUCGAGAGAAGUCCCUGCUGCGGAACCGGAAAAAGAGAAUGACAUGGGAACUGGAAAAAGAAACCCGGGCGCGUCUGUCUAUUCUGUCUUUUGUUAUCCCCUUGUUGUUCUCCUGCGCAGCAUUGUUCUUAGGCCUGCUGGUGCUAUGGACGUGUUUGGACCCCGAAGACUACGAGGACUCCCCAGUGCUGCUGUGCUUGGGAGUGGUGCUGUCGCUGGCUGGCCUGUGCAUCAGCAGCUUCAGUGCUCAGACUUUUGGUCUCAGCUGUUCAGGUCCACGACAGAAAAAGUUGGCGCGUUAUGGAAGCUUCGCCUGUUUGGUCCUGGGCGGCCUUACGGUGAUCAUAGCCAUCGUGAGGUAUUUGAUGGCUGGAUUCUGGUGGACCGUGCUGGCAGCUGGACUGCCGUGCUGUUGCAUGUCUACUUUGGUGUGUGUGUUGUCGUUGUUCGCCUCCUCCGAGAAGGCUAUCAUGACCUUUGAGAGGAUGGACGAGCAGGCAGUUGCCCAGCGCACCAUUGUGUUUCUAGGCGAAGUUCUUCCAGGCACCGGCAAAUGUGUGUGCUCAUGGCCAGGCAAAUAUCAGUCUGCUUGGGACGCCCUGGUCACAGGUAGCCGCAGUGGCGACAUCAGUGCAGCAGUGGUCUUCCUGCCCGAGGGUUCAAAGGAUUUCGGCAGCCACGACACAAUUCCCGAAAAGGAAAAGCUAGAGGGGAGGUGCUGGUGCAUUCCCCUUUAUGGGGAGCGAAAGCCGUGGGGUUGCCGUUGGUGGACAAAGUGGAUAGCAAACAUCGAAAGAGCGCAUGAGGAAGGCGCGGAAAUGCAGGUGUAUUUCUUCAAGGGCAUGAAGGGUAGAGGGAAAGUUGUGGAUUUCUCAACGGCUGGUAAGGAGCACUUGAGACGAGAAGCCAUUCAAGCCAAGAAACGGGACUUCUUCCAGUCGCAAGCAUUUUCCAACGCAUGCGACGAAGGGAUUGAAGGCCUUUCGAAAGACCCACGUGGAGACUCUUCCUCACAGUACUCGCGCGAGGUGCAACGGCUCUUUUUGGCGUGGCUUCCAGAGGAAGAACGCGACUUCAUGGAGGUAUCUGAAGGUCUUGGGAAUUCACAGAAGGCCGAAGUAGCAUGGCUUGAACGGAAGGGCUAUGCCUACACAGAAGUCGAAGUGGACAUCUUCCGGUGGCUUCAGUAGGUGAUGUGUUGACUUAUCCGCUUUGGAUUCUAAUUGGUCCAGCGUUGAUCCAGGGCAGUUGGCCAAGCCACUUCUGGGAGGAGACUGGGUUGGUCCCUUACCGGUUUCUGCCACAGUUUCACAGCAAAAUGAAGCAAUCUGUUGACUUGGUGGCGCAGACUGGCAAUUCGACCAGCAAACUCAGUUCAGCUUACGCGCGGACAGGGCAUGUGCAAAUCCUCAUUUGAUUUACCUGUGCCACCACUGAAAUGGAAAAGUAGGUGAUGAAAAAGUUACCGACUUUAACUUUUUAUACUGAGAUUCUAGUUGAUUCAGCACGGCAGUUGGCCAAGCCACCUGCUUCUGAGUCUGAGGAAACUGCGCUGGUCCCUCACCGGUUUCUGCCAAAGUUUCCGAGC